AUGACUGCUCAAACUAGUUCGAAUGAUUCAAAUAAAGUAGAAACACAUCCACGUAUUCUAAUUCAGCAUGAUUGGGCUCUUAAUAUAGAACAGAAUUCAUUACCUGCAGAUGUUUGGCUUGAAUUUAAACAUGGUACUGCUGGUAUAUCUCGACUUACACAAAAUGUUCAUGGUGUUUGUUCACUAAAAGCAUCAACAGACGAAGGAGCUAAAGUUUAUAGAACAUCAGCAAGUGAUAAUUUUCAAUCAGGAGAUAUCGAUAAAAACCAACGACAAUUACGUAUUAAAAUUCGUGAUACAAAUUUUAGAACAAAAAAAGCAUUUUCUACAACGAGUAGACAUGAAGAAAGUGCGAAUCGAUCAACAUUAGAUCCAUUAAUUGAUGUUCCUGAACGUAGUAAGCAUCAAACACAACAAACACAAGCAUCAGUUUAUCCACAUUGGUUUGAUAUUAGCUCAGGUGGUGUUGGUUUAACAGCAUUAAGUAAUGGAGAAAUAACGAUCUGGGAUAUUGAAAAUGGUGAAAUACGACGUAAAUUCAAAGGCCAUGAUGCAGAUGUUUAUAUAAGUCGAUUCUUUCCAUCAGAUUUUGCUGUUGUAUCUGGUGGGGCUGAUAUGCGUGUAAAAAUUUGGUCACUUGA